AAAUAAAAAUAAACAUAACAAAGAAUUGCAAUGUGUUUUCCCCCCGCACGGUAAAACGACUCUCGUCGUAAACUUUGCUCCAUCAGUUAGCCACCUUCCGCCGACCAAAACUCAACCGGCCACCGAUUUUCCAAACUCAACAACCGCUUUUCAUGGACAUCAUCGCCGGAGCUCCGUCACCAAUCCACUCCGUUCCGCCGCGUCUUCCGUUGUCAUCGCCGUACUCCGGCCGCGAAGACUGCUGGACCGAAGACGCAACUUCCACCCUCAUCGACGCCUGGGGUGAACGCUACCUCGACCUCAACCGCGGUAACCUCCGUCAGAAAACUUGGCAAGAGGUCGCCGACGCCGUCAACGACUUCCACGCCGCCGGUAACAGGAAAGCUCGACGUACCGACGUUCAGUGCAAAAACCGAAUCGACACGUUGAAGAAGAAGUACAAGAUCGAGAAAGCUAGGGUUUCCGAAUCCGACGGCGGUUACCAGAGUCCCUGGCCGUUUUUCACUCGUCUCGACGUUCUCAUCGGCGAUACUUUUCCGGUCAAAAAACUCUCCUCGCCGGUGAAUGUACGGUCUACUCCAACCGUCGUGAAACGUCCACCUCCUCAAUCUCCACCUUCUCCACCGUCACCGCCGGCGUGGAUAAUCUCUCAUCCGGUCGGUCCCCGAUCCGGAACACAAAAACGUCCGGCAAUGGUGAAAAGAGACGAGGUAUCAUUCCGGCGGAAUUUCUCGGCGUUUGCUGCGGCUGCUGCUGCGGCGGCGGAGGCGGAAAGUGUGGAGUCGGAGGAAUGGAGGUCGAGUACUGGAAAGAAAGGAAGAGAAAACGAUGGGACCCAUAAGGAGUUUGGUUUCAGAGAGCUUGCUCAGGCUAUAGAGAGAUUCAGUGAAGUAUAUGAAAGAGUUGAAGCUUCAAAACAGAGACAAAUGGUGGAAUUAGAGAAGCAGAGGAUGCAGUUUGUGAAGGAUUUGGAGUAUCAGAGAAUGCAGUUAUACAUGGAAACGCAGGUUCAGCUUCAGAAAAUCAAACGCACUAAACGUGCUUCUGGUUCCGGCAAAAACUGGUUGGUCCUUAAACAACUCUUGUUGUAUCCUCCAUAAACACUAGCAUGGUGUAGGUGUACUAAUUUGUGCAACAGCCAAUUGCAACAUAGAAUGUCAUCAACACCAAGCAUCCCAGCAUAAGUACUUGCCACAUAUUUACUAUUCCAAGAUGCUAAUUGCUAACUGCUAAGUAGCAUGAUAUUAUAGUCUCAUUUUGGUAUUAAUUUUGUUGAAUCUAACUUAAUACCAAAUGUGAUUAUAGUGUCAUUAUUCAUAUAUGCAGGCAGUGUAGAGUAAUAAUAUUACUAAAAUAAUUGAGUUUGUUAUGUAACUAUUGAAGCUUAGACUUGUCUUUUGUAUCAUGUCUCAUUUUUGUCUAUGUGGAUCUCCCCCUUGCCUUUAAAAAUAUCAAUACUCAUAUUUUAUUCUGAA